AUGAUGACGAAAAAAACAUCCUACACGAGCAUAACGCCCAUCCCGAGCUUCAUCCCGCGCCAGCUCGCGAUUGACAUGCUGCAGAGCCAUGGCGAGAUUAUCGAGCUGAACCCUCUGGUCACGGGCUACGAGGCAAUCAAGGCCCCACGGAAUGCGCCCGCCGACGAGUUCUAUGCGACGUGGUACGAAAUCACACAGAAGAUCCAGUACAUAAAGGGAAUCGGGAAACUGGGCAGCGGCGCAAUCAAGUUCAACGGAUGCUUCCACGACAUGCCCUGGGGCCUGCAAACACACACAUACGCCCCCGCCGGCGUCGACCUGCGCAACAAAUGGCAAAUCUGCGGCAACCAGCCUGGCGAGCCCCCAGUGGCUCAGGAACUCGGACUCGGCGCGCCCCCCGAGGGCCUCUACCUGCGCGAGGACAUUGAGAUAAAAUGCAACGUCACCAUGAUCUCCUUCGUCAAGAAGGAAACGCAAGCAGCCUCGAAAAAAAUGGUCGAGCGCCUCAUCAAGAAGGCAGAACUCCUCGACGCCGGCGUCCUGCAGGGCAUGAUGGAAAACGGCAAGCUCAAGACACACAACCCCGCCGACCGCCGCGAGAACAAAUACAAAAGCCCCCAGGGCAGUCCGUCGCAGCCGUACCAAAUGCCCAUGAGCCCGACGCGAUCACCGACAUUUCCUCACCACGCACAACAUGGACACAGUAACAGCCAGGGCCAUGCGCAUCACGGACACAGUAAUAGCCAGGGCUACGUCCCGCCCCAGCAUCUCCUCGGCGCGAACAAUGUCGUUAUGGAAUUACCCGGCGAUUACUACCACCCCCCAACAUCCCCUGGCCUCCUGCACCCCGCCGACCGCACAUCCACGCCCUCGUCAGACAGCACGUCGCCGAACCCGCAAGACGCCCGCUGGUCACAAGUCUCGCACUCAUCUACAUCGUCGCGGCCGAGCUCGUAUGCGUCGGAUGGCAUGCGUAGUCCGGGGCUCGAGCAGAAGGCGUUUGCGAGCGAGUUGCCGACCAUGGAAGAGACGAGAGAGGAGCACGAUACGAGGAGGCAGGGGGAACAGAAGAGUGAGGUCAAUAUGGUGGGCAUGGGAAGGGGUUUGUGCAUGGGCAGGGAGGGUAUCAGCCGCAUAUGA